AUGGCGGACAUGCAAAAGACACCCUUUGUGCGGGAUCUCGCCUCGAGUGACCGCAAAGUUCGCGACAAGGCCGUCGAAUCGCUUACACUGUUCCUGCGCUCACGAAAUGACCUGACCCUCGUCGAACUCCUCAAGCUCUGGAAGGGCCUAUUCUUCUGCUUCUACCACUCCGACCGCCCGCUCACGCAACAAGCGCUCGCGCGCGCCCUCUCCUACUCGCUCGUCCCGUCUCUCCCGCAAGCCACCGUCCAUCGCUUCCUGCGCGCAUUCUGGAUCACCAUCGGCCGGGACUUCCACUCCCUCGACCGUCUGCGCCUGGACAAGUAUCUUCUUUUGAUCCGUUUCUAUGUCGGCGUCGCAUUCGAGAUCUUCGUGAAGGGUAACAAGGCAAAGAGUGAUGACGGCAAGAAGCGGAAGCGCGACGACGCUAAGGGUGGUCGUGGCAAGAAGCAAAAGAAGCAGAAGGAGGCCGAGACUCCUGCUGAAGAGGAGACCAGUGAUACGGAUGGCAAAUGGGCUGAUCUGGAGGCUUACAUCUCUAUCAUCGAGGAGGGACCGCUUUGCCCUAAGAAUUUUGAUCCUGAUCAGCCUUCUAAGCCGGAAGUGGAUGAGAAGAACCCGGACUUUGUGCCAAUGCCUCAUGGCCCUGAUGGACUGCGCUAUCAUCUUGCUGAUAUCUGGAUUGAUGAAUUGGAGAAGGUUCUGGAGUUUGACGGAGAGGAGGGAGAGCGAAAGAUCAAGGGUGAUGUGCCCAUGGAGCUUAUCUUGCGGCCAUUGGAGAAGUUGCGCAAAGAGAGCCCUUAUAAGCCCGUGAGGACGAGGGUUGGUGAGGCGUUGGAUGAUGACCGUCUGAUUGAGUGGGGUAUUCGGGAGCGCAAGAAUGAGGAUGACGAGGAGGACAGCGACGGCGAGUGGGGCGGUUUCGAUGAAUGA